AUGCUGAUUGCUGGUCGGGGAACUCACUCAGAAGUGAACUUUGGUUUGAGGCCUAUUAAAUGCCCCUCGCCAACCGCUGCGGCCGGCCCAGCUCCGCCAGCUGGCCCCGGCUCCUGCCAGGGCACCAAGGAAGCCCCCCGCGCCACCCUGGCUGGGCACAAAGGCCUCGCAGCCCUGCGCCCACCAGACCCCAAGGAGUCGCGAGACACAGCUCCCGCUCUGCCCGGCACGGCCACGCCGGCGCCACAAAAUAGGAGCUGCUGGGUGGCCCUAGAGCCAUCGCCAGCCUGCGGCCAGCGGCCACGGGGCGCGCCAGGAGCCUUCCCAAGGAGGACGACCAAGGCCAGGGCGAGCGAGCCCAAAGCCUUUGCCGCAAAGAGCGGGCGCCAAAAAGGGUGUCCCUGGGCGGUCUUGUGUCCCGGCAGGAGCCGGGGCCGCCCCUACAGUCUCCCCUGGCGGUCUUCCGUCCCGGCAGGAGCCGGGGCCGCCCCUAGUCUCCCCUGCGGUCUCCCAUCCCGGUUGGAACCGGGGCCGCUCCUGCUUAGCUUCCCCAGGGGGCCUGUUAAGGGGAGGGUAGCUGCACCGUGGCCCCCGCCAGCUCCGCCCCCCAGCACCGCCUUUAGCUCCGCCUCCUUUCCCGCUCCACCAGCUCCACAAAGGCUCCUGACAACAGGCCGGGCCGCACACUCGCCCUCGCCAAACCCAGCCCGAGCAAAGCCCUCGCACACUCGCCACACCCACCGGGGACCCUGCCACAGCACCUUCCCGGCCUCUCGGCUCCCAGCGCACCACCACGCCUGCCACCCCCCGACCACUGCCCCGGGCACCUUCGGGGCCACCCGCGCCCCAGGCUCACCCUUCACCUUCCCUCGGCACAUCGCGCGGGAAAAGGAAGGCAUUUUUUCCCACGGCCCGCCCCUGGGCACCUCGUGCUGCUGCGUGGCUUCCUCAGCGUCCGUCCGACCGACAAGGGGGCGCCUGCUUUCAUCGCCGGAAAUCCCGCGGGCACCCUCUCCAAUCCGAAGACGCUCACUCGAUUCUUCGGACCGGCCUCCCGUCAAGGGACACGAGCCCCUCUGCUAACCGCGCCUCACCUCUCAGCAUGGCUACAAGCUUUUCCCACCGGGAAAGCUGUGAUUUACGGAUGAAAGACUUCACAACAAAGGGUUGUAAAGCAGCUGCAACUGAGCAGGUGGUCGAUUCGCACUCCUGCCCAAAAUCAUCCCCACCUACACAACCCCUGAAACCAGGGGAGCACCUCACAACCCUCACACUCUUCAGCUGCAAGACCAAACCGCAUUUCCAAACCACCGAGAACACACCAACAGCCACAGGCUCCGUAUCUUCCACAGUCCUGGGCAGAGACACACGGAAAGAAGGAUUCAGUCUCUCCACAGAACACGACUGGAAACACCAACGCCGGUGUUUUGCCAAUUGACGGGCUUAACACAAAGGACACAGACACCAAGCUAAAGAAAUAGGCUUAUUUUACUU